GACACCGUUUUUGAGCUCCAUAUUCUUCGUCACUUCUGCUACAGAGAGAAAGGAGAAGAUAUUUUUUUUUCUUCAGAUAAAUCGCCGACCAAAGGAAACAAACAAUCAAAAUCAGCUAAAUUUUUUUCUCUCUCUAUCGAAUUCUGGAAACUUCCAGAACAACCGCGCCUCCACACCUCUCUAUUUCUCCAACCCAAUCGAGGGCAAAACCGACUUUAUCCACUCGCCGAUCUUCCGUCCCCCCACAUCUGGUCAACUGCCGGAGAACCGCCGCCGGCGGGUUAAAUGAACUGAUUUUUCAUCUCUAGAAGCCGGCGGUUUUUAGGUUUUGCUGUCGAACAGUCCACACCAGCUGAAAUGGAUCGGUCGGUGCUGGGUGCGGGUCCGGGUUCGGGUAUGGAUAUGUCGAUCAUGCACGAUAGUGAUCGGUACGACCUGGUUCGAGAUAUCGGGUCGGGUAAUUUCGCCGUGGCCCGAUUGUUGAGGGAUAAGCUGACGAAGGAACUCGUUGCGGUUAAGUAUAUAGAGCGAGGCGAUAAGAUAGACGAAAAUGUUCGGAGAGAAAUCAUCAACCACAGGUCUUUGAGGCACCCAAACAUUGUUAGGUUUAAAGAGGUGAUUCUGACACCGACUCAUCUGGCUAUUGUGAUGGAGUAUGCGUCUGGAGGAGAGUUAUUCGAGCGCAUAAGCAAUGCAGGACGAUUCAAUGAGGACGAGGCUCGUUUCUUUUUUCAACAACUUAUAUCUGGAGUUAGCUAUUGUCAUUCGAUGCAAAUAUGCCAUCGUGACUUGAAGCUGGAGAACACACUGUUGGACGGAAGCCCAGCUCCUAGGUUGAAGAUAUGUGACUUCGGGUAUUCCAAGUCUUCUUUGCUGCAUUCGCAACCAAAAUCUACAGUCGGAACUCCUGCAUAUAUUGCUCCUGAGGUGUUACGUAGGAAAGAAUACGAUGGCAAGAUUGCUGAUGUAUGGUCAUGUGGAGUGACAUUAUACGUAAUGCUAGUUGGUGCGUAUCCGUUUGAAGACCCCGAAGGACCAAAGGAUUUCCGUAAGACAAUACAGAGAGUCCUCAACGUUCAGUACUCCAUUCCAGAAAACGUCCAAAUAUCCGACGAAUGUCGCCAUCUAAUUUCCAGAAUCUUUGUCGGCGAACCUGAACAAAGAAUUACGAUACCCGAGAUCACGAACCAUGCGUGGUUUCUAAAGAACCUUCCGGGCGAUCUCAUGAUUGAUAGAACGAUGGGGAACCAAUAUGAAGAGUCGGAUCAGCCUGUACAGAGCUUGGAAGUGAUAAUGCAGAUAAUGUCUGAAGCUACUAUACCUCCGGUUGGUAUGUACACCCUGGACAAGAUGUACGACGACAUGGACGAUGACAUGGACGACCUAGAUUCCGACCCUGAUCUCGAUGUUGACAGCAGCGGUGAGGUCAUUUACGCCAUGUGAUUUGCGACAGCUGUAUAUCUGUAUCAACCCUGGGUUUUUGUUUUGGUUGUGGGAUGAGCAAUUUGUGGAAGUGUAUUUAGGAGGGUGGGAAGAAAAAGGGAUCCUGCUAUUAUAUGUACCUUUUGCUGUAUGCUGUAUUGUUAGUUGUGUUAGGAGAUUUUUAUGAUGUUGUAUGAAUUUGGUAAAAUACCGAUGAAUUUGCUGUUUUGCGUUUCUGGAUUUGUUGCAUCUAUUGCUACGUAUUCAGCUUGACGGGUUUAUUCGUCGGGUUUUAAGUGGAAUUGAUGAUGGAUUAUCUUGUCAAUUAUGGUGUGUUGA